AUGAGCAGACUACCGGUUAGUACUCCUUUGAGCCGACAAGGAUCGCUAUACACAUCGACACUAGACCAGAUUCAAAACAACUUACAGAAAGAUUGUGGGUCAAUGAACAUAGAAGAGUUUCUUAAGAGUAUAUGCAAAGAUGGAGAAACAGAAGUUGUGGUUCCAACUAACGGUACGAACGAAGGAUUACAGAGGCAAGGGUCAAUAACUCUGCCUAGAAUACUUAGCCAAAAAACUGUUGAUGAAGUUUGGAAAUAUAUCACAGAGGAAGAACUACACGCCCACAAUGAUGGAGGAAGAACAAACAUUCCUCAGAUUCAGAAGCAGCCAACUCUAGGAAAUAUCACUCUGGGAGAUUUUAUAACCCGUGCUGUGGCCAUGGGAAACAAUAACAGUUGUGGCUACAUUCAUGACCCAUCAUCAAUUUCGGGUAUUCCAAACACAAAUUUGAGUGUAGAGUUUCAGCAGAAACCAAUGGUUUCUGAUGUGUUGGGCAAUAUUAAUAAAAGUAAUAGAAUCCAUGGUUCUUAUUUGCAUCCAAAUGUGAAUGGGUCUAUGUCAACAUAUCAACCGCAACGACCUAUCGUAUCGAAACCACAUGGUUAUGAAAAAAACGUCGCAUUUACGAGUGGUCAGGUUAAUGCUGAUAGUUACAAGGGAACUGGAGAUCAAAGUCACCAAGAAAAUAACGUAACUUUGGUACAAAGUGUUGCACCAGUUCCAGGUGGAGCCAUGAGUGUAGUAGACACAUGUUCUCCCGUUACCCUAUCUCCGAUAUUAGAUGGCAUACCGAAGAUUAAUGCUGGUUCAUCAGUGUCACCAAUUGCAUACACCACUACUGGAAUGACUAGCGUGAGAGAUAGGAACAGGAAUAAUGUCAUUGCCGCAGAGAAGAAAUUAGUGGAGAAAACCUACAAGAGAAAGAUAAAGAACCGUGAAGCAGCAGCACGAUCACGAGCUCGACAGCAGGCUCAAACUAAUGCGCUUGAGGCUGAAGCUGCAAAGUUAAGGAAAGAGAAUUUUGAGCUACUUAAAAAACAGGAAAAAGGGAUGACUAACCGAUCCAGGAAACAGCUGAGGAGAACGAAAUCGGACAUCCAGUGA